CCGGAUCCAGUUGGCCUUUGCUGAACAUUCGAUCAGUCCGUUCCAAAAUUACUCGUUUUUGAAAGGGUUCCAAGGCCCAGCCGUCAAAUCUCGGCCAUCAGACAUGUCGGUUACCACCAGCGGCAGCGCUCCGAGCAUUUGGAGCAGACCAAGUCCCUCCUGCGUGGCGGAAAUCACGAUGAUCGGCGAUGGGCCGCACGUGCAACGCCCCCGCCAUAGCCGCCCAAGUCCGCCCCCCCGCCAGCCGAUGUUGACGGCACCGGAUCAACGGUCUCGAACUCGCCCGCCCCGCCGCACCCACUUUCUGCGCAAGAUGAGCCUGCAACGGAGUUUGGCCUUCUACAGCCGACUAAGGAACACUGUCGGCAGUCCACCGCCCGGAUUUGGGUACCUUUUCGCGGCGGACUUCGGCCUGAGGCGCCAACUGCGACGGGACUCCUAUUUGCCGGCCAUCGGAAACUGGCUUGGGUUACCCAUCGAUAAUUUUGAGGGGCCCGAAAACAAUGGGGACCCCGAGGGGAGAAGAUUGUUCUCAGAACGACGCCACUGGGGACGGGCUCAGCUGCAUUUUCAGCAGUAUCUGGGCCUGAGGCAUCUCCAUCACCACAGCCCCAGAUCAUUUUCACUAAGAUUUGCUCUAAGCCCACUGGCCAUGAAGAUCUUCUACGGCAUGGUGUACGGACUGGGUCUAAGGGAGGCUUUAAGGUUGGCCUUCAACGAGGUGUUCUACUUGCAUUAGCUGUGGGAUUUUCGGUACCUCAACGAUAGAUUAUAAAUAAAAUAUUGUCAAUCGAAACUUUGCAAUCUAGGCGGGUGAACCUCUUCCCAAACGACAGCCUCAUGCAUAUGCAGUUGCCCCUUCAUUUGUCCCACUGGAAAACCCCUACAGGAAAUCUGUAUGCCGCAGGUUACUUUUCUUGUCCAAGAGCUUCUGCCACGCAUUUCGCCGUUGUGCUUUUAUGGAAAUCCUAUGCCGCUAUGUACCAUUACAAUGGAAUAUGUGCAGUGCAGUGGGGAAUUCUGGAAUUCUGGACCAGAACAAUGGUUAACGAGGCGAAUUUUAAAUGCACUAUAGAGUUUUUUAAAGACUGCCUGAAGAUUCUUAAUAAAACAUAAUCAAUAAUG